AGCCUACGCAGAAGCUGGCUACGCCCCUGCAGAGCAGUGGUGUGUGAGCCCCGCUCCUCCAGCGGUACUGUACCGUGUAUGGCCUACUGCAGCUGCAGCUACAACUCGUGGAGGCGAGAAUGACAGCGGCGCUUCCCUACACGAAGACAACCUGAGCGUAAGGAAGGAUCUUUUUCAUUUCAACAUUGAUAAAAUACCACAAUGACGGAGCUCUUUGUUGCACGUUUACGGACACGGUUGAUCGUGCCGGUUCUUGCAUUCAUUGCACUGUGGGGAUGCGCGCUUUCCAUCACUCGCUACUCUAUUCCGGAGGAGAUGGAAGAGGGCUCCUUUGUUGCCAAUCUGGCCACAGAUCUGGGUCUGGAUGUUCGCAGUUUGGUGCAGCGCAGCGCGAAACUCGAUGUCAUUCACAGCAAAAAUUACCUUGACAUCAACAAAGAAACGGGGGAGCUGAUAAUCCGCGAGAAGAUAGACCGGGAGAGCAUAUGCAUGACUAAAACCACCUCGUGCUUUCUGAAAAUGGAUGUCAUACUAGAAAACCCCAUUCGUAUUUUUAAUAUCGAAUUAGAAAUCAUGGACAUUAACGACAACGCGCCUCUGUUCCGUAGGAAGACAAUGCAUUUGGACAUUUCUGAGGCAACCCCUCCCGGUGAGAGGUUUUCAUUGACAAACGCGGUGGAUGCGGAUGUGGGGGCGAAUUCAAUCAAAACCUACUAUCUGAGUGAGAGCAAAUACUUUAACAUUGAUAUUCAAACUGGAAGCGAUGGCUCCAAAUAUGUCGAUUUAGUGCUGAGCGGUAAUUUGGAUCGGGAGGAGCAUUCAGUCCAUAAUUUGAUUCUGACCGCUGUGGAUGGAGGGGUUCCUCCCCGCUCAGGCACAGCCAGCAUCGUUAUUAAUGUGUUGGAUAUCAAUGACAACGCCCCCCUGUUCAGUCAGCCGGUUUAUGCAGUGAACGUCUCAGAGAACUCGGCAGCAGGGACAGUGGUCAUGACCUUAAACGCAACAGACUUAGAUGAGGGCACAAACGCCCAGUUAGUGUAUUCAUACACUCUGUACACCUCAGAGAAGACUCAGGAGCUCUUCUCUCUUGAUCCAAACUCAGGAGAGAUCAAGGUGAAGGGGGUGAUUGAUUAUGAAGAGAGUCAGAGUUUUGAGAUGCACAUCCAGGCUCAAGAUAGAGGGGCGAACCCACUUUCUGGACACUGUAAAGUCUUGGUGAAUAUCACAGAUCUGAAUGAUAACUACCCAGAAGUAACCAUCAAGUCUGUGAAAAGUUCCCUGAGGGAGGAUGUCGCUGUAGGAACGCUGAUUGCAGUGAUCAGUGUCAGAGAUAGGGACUCUGGAGGGAACGGGGAGGUCGAGCUCAUUUUGAAUCAAGAGAAAUCUUUACCUUUCCUCCUAAAUAAAUCAUCAGAGGGUUACUUUGAGCUGCUGGUGUCAAAGCCACUGGACAGGGAGUUAAUCAGCAAGUAUGACAUCACUUUAAGGGUGACAGACAAAGGCUCGCCACCCUUAUCCGAAAACGAAACCAUCUCCUUGGAGAUCCUAGACAUCAAUGAUAAUGCACCGAUGUUCCCCCAGUCCUUCUAUACUAUCCAUGUGGUUGAGAAUAAUCUACCAGGGGCAUUACUGACAUCUCUGAGUGCACAUGACCCAGAUCUCAAUGAGAACCAGUACUUGGUUUACUUCAUCAUGGAGAAAGAAAUUGUUAACACAUCCAUGUCAAUGCUGUUCUCCAUCAACCCUGAGAACGGCGACCUCUAUGCCCUGAAGACCUUCGACUAUGAGAGAGAGAGGGAGUUCCUCUUCCACAUCGAGGCGAGAGACUCUGGAGUUCCCCCCCUGAGCAGCAAUGUGACAGUUCACAUCAUUAUUCUGGACCAAAAUGACAACACUCCCCUCAUCGUGUCCCCUUGGCGAGCGCAGGGCUCUGUUGUGGAAGAGGUGAUACCCAGGUCGACGGAUAAGGGGCACCUGGUCGCCAAAGUGAUCGCGAUUGAUGCAGAUUCAGAGCAGAACUCUAGAGUCACGUAUCAGCUCCUACAGAUCACCGAUUCCACCCUCUUCAGCUUGGAUCAGUACAACGGAGAAAUACGGACAACCAGGAUGUUCAGCUACAGAGACCCAAGAGUACAGCGGCUGGUGAUUGUGGCCAAAGACAACGGUCAACCCUCUCUCUCGGCCACCGUCACCAUCAAGAUAUCAACAGUAGAGCAUGUCUUAUCCUUCUCAGAAACCACAGAGUUGCCCAUUGAGUAUGACUACUUCACAGACCUCAACCUGUACCUGGUGAUCGGUUUGGGGGCUGUGUCGUUUCUUCUGCUGAUAACCAUCCUGGUGAUCAUCGUGCUGAAGUGUCAGAAACCAAAACCAAAGGCCAUCAAGAUCCCUCCAGCCAACAGGAACAGCGUCAUCAGCAGAAACAGCAUGAUCAGCCAGAGGAGCUCCACCAUCGCAGAUUCCACCUUGAUCUCCAGCGAUGCCUACUGGUACAGUUUGUUCCUCGCAGAGACCAGGAAGGGCAAGGUGGUGGUGAGACAGCCUAUCAUCCCCAAAGGAGCUGGGUACUUUGUGUCCAGUAUACCCAGGAGCAUAGGGCCAAGUGAGACCACAGACUCCAGAGCAUCUACGCUGGAGGUACGUAUGUAUGAGGUGGUAGCUGCUGAUAAGAGUGACGAAAGACAACACAUUUUUUUUUUUUUUUUUUUUUUUGGGGGGGGGGGGGGAGCUGUUAAGGGAUAAGACAGAGUGUUUUCAGGGGCUAAUGUUACGAUCAAAAGGUCCUUUCAUGUUAUGAGGAAACCCCCCCUCGAAGGUUUAUAAAUCUUUGUUGUAUUAUGUCUAUAGUGCUCUGAAAUCCGAGUAUGUCAAAAAUGCAAAAGACUAAUUUCUUUAAGUUGAGUCUGAAGCCCUUAAAAUUCUCUCCUGUUUUUCAGAUAUACACAUCUUAUAGGUAUAUUAGAAUAAGAGUCGCUCAAGGGUGGUGUAGUUGUAGGUCUUCAGCAGAUACUUACAGUAGCCCCGAAGGUCAACUUUUAAAAUAUUUCACAACCUCAAAAACUAUGACUAAACAGCAAAACACAUCACACUGCACUCAAAAAUAUUUUAUCAAACAUGAAAAAAAUCAUUAAAACACACAAAUAAAUUCCAUCCAUGCAUGAAAAUUAAAAAUAUUUAACAGAAUGCAAAAAAAUUUUGCAAAAUUUAUGAAUAUUCUCUGAGAAAAAAAUCAGCCCAACAACUCAGGGUGUCAUGUAAUAUUUUAAAAACUUGUAAAAACCUUUUUUGGGCUGGUUAAAUUUUUUUGCAUCUGGUCAAAUGUUUUGCCAUCCAGUGAAAUGUUUUUGCACUUAUGAAAUGUUUGUUUUGUUGACCUUCAGGGUCAGUUCAGAUACCUCAGUGUGCACAUUUUAAAUUCUUCUCUGGUUGAUCUGUACAAAAGAAAAAAACCUUAAAAACUUGCAAAUUUAAAAGUAAGCUAGCUGUGAUUUUUGCAUUUGUCCCCUUUUUAAGAUCCAUCCUAUCAUACUUCCACAGAUUGAUGCAUCAUGACAUGGUAAUGAUGAAAUUCAUCAUUGGUGUAUUACUUGAGUGAACUUCCUGCACUUCUAUUGCAUAAUUAGGCCAAACAAAUACCCCCAAACUGGAAAUGUGCCAGUAUUUCAUAUCUUAUGUCGUAUGUAGGUCAUUUAUUGCAGAUGCAUAACGCACAAUCAGAGCAUAACUAGUGGGCGUAAGAAGAAGGGGGGGAUACUUCAAAGAGGCGCAGACAUGGGGGGAGGAGGAGAGGGGAGGGGAGGGGAGUAGAGGAGGGGGUUCUCUUCAAGGACAAGAGAUAUAUGGCUGUGCUGAGUGUGAUACAUCAUGCUGGGGGUCGGCACUAAGCAGACUGUAAUCAAUGCAGAACGGCUGAAAGUGAUCCAGAUGUUGUUUGCUUUUGUGCAUCUGGACCUGCAGACUAAACUGAAACAAGUGAUCCCCUGAAAGAUUAAACACGAGUAUGCAUUGAUGCACAGGUGCAUGAAGAGAAAGAUCUGCCUAUGAUGUGUUUGUAAGUGUGUCUGAAUUUCACACGUACCUCUGAACUUGUCUCUUUUUUCUGUUCUUAAGUACUCAAAAUGAAAGGAAGUCCAUUCUACAACUGGAGGUAUGCUGGUUGCUAACUACAUUCUGUAGAGCCACUAUAAUUUAUAGACAUUUUUAUCCUUUUCUAUUUGGUAUACACUAUUGGUUUGGCUCAAAACUACUGCUUUGAUAACUGUCACAGUUUCAGUGUUGGGGUUUUCUAUUGGUCUUCUCCUGAUUAAAUAGAGCACAAUCAAAUAUUUUCCAUUCGUCCUGGGUCAGCCUCACAAAUACAAUACUCUUGUUUUCCGGUGCAAUGCUGUUGUGAGCGCUCAAAUAUAAAUUGGCCAGUCUUUCAAGUGAGAAAACCUAUCAGCUUCCUGAGAGCUGAGAUUAGAAUAAAAAUUGGCUGUCGGUCAAGCUUGUGUUGUGCACAUCUGGCCGGCUUGGCGGUGAUUCAGGGCAGAGUGAUGGCACAGACCGGAAAAAGAGGAUUAGGGAAUGAAUUGUCCCAAAUCGGUUCUCAGCGUGUAACAUACCUGAGAGCAGAGACUGAGUCAACUAUCUCCACAUCCUUGCACAUGAACUCUGUUUGGGCAUGUUGAAAUUUGUCCUGAAAUAAUACAUAGAACCUCUUCUUUUUUAAUAUCGGCCCACCAAAUACCAAAUAGCCCUCUGUGAUGCCUGCUUGUGCAUGCUUUAACUACCCUUGAUGCUUCCCUAUUUGAGUUAAAACCUCUGUUAUAUUUUGCGUUAGCUGUGUUUCUCUAGUUUCUGUGAAUGAUUUGGUGAAAAUUCAGAACUGCUGACAACUUUUAUUUGACAAAAAUACAAAAAAUGCUCCUCUAAGUGUCCCUGAAACCCAAUGACAUGGUGGCAGUAACCAGUCACGAUCCACUGUUGCAUGAGUGAGGACUUUCUAUAUCCAGGUCGCCCUUCUGUUUCGGCUAAUUCCAUAUUCUGCCCCCCUGCAGGGACCAAGAAGAGAACUGCCAUGAUAUAAUCAUCUCUUCAUGGGAGUCUCUGGAUGAAGUGUUUUUCCCUGUGACUCACAAAAGAAGAUGUAAAACGACUCUCCUCCCUCAGUUCCCCUGCUCCUUUCAUCCUCCGUACAAACAUCGACCAGGAAUCACCUCAGCUUUCUGCCUUCUUUUCUCUUUAAAGCAUGAAUCUGCAUGAUUCUACAUCAUAUUUGGACAUAGAAUAACAAAUCAUUUAUGGCAGGAUAUUUGGACAUUCCUCUAGAGUUGCCUCAUGUAUUAAAUGAUCCUCUCUUUAAUGCUUUGAAUCAUCUUAAAGGACAAAUCUGCCUUUUCUCCAGGGUUUACACGGUGUGCUGUAGUUCUAGAAAUCAUCAGUAGCUCAAGAUAAGUAAGUCAUGCAAUGUUUCUUAAGCAAAAGUUCAAGACACGCCUAUUGAAAAAUUGUCACAUGAAUCAGGGUGAAUAAGAUUCUUCCAUAACUCUGAUAAAUACUGAGCUGUAGCUGGUUCUGUCACCGAUUCAGGCUUUGCACUUGGUGUUUUUUUCCUCUUGGAAUAAUAAUUUUUACUCUCUACUGUUACUCGCUGAUGAAAAAACCAAUGAUCUGAUUUAAUAUUCUCUUUUUUUAUAAUGUUUGUUGUACUCAGCGGUGAUGAAUGUGUGAAAAACAUAAAAAAAAGAAUGAAAGAAAAGCGUAAAACAAAAAAAACAGGAGAUACAUUGUUCCUCUUUUUAGUUGAUUGUAGAUACUGUAGUUCGAUAACAACGAUUAAGAAGUCAGAAAAGCAAAAAGACUUUUGACACCUUGGCUUAUAUCAGGUUUUAUCUUUUAGACAUCUGUGCUCUUACAAAGCAUCUGAAUGGGCAGGCAGCUUUCUGGCUGCAUUGGGGAGGCACAAAUUACACAGCAAUAUGAAAUUAUCUGGAACAUGAUCAUGUUGAAAAUGUAGUCCAUCAGCUUUUUUCAGCCUGUCUCCUCUUACAGGGGGGAGGUGUGUUUCUAGAUCAAAUCUUUAUUCAGAGGCAAGCGCACAUCACCGAUUGGAGCAGGUCUAGCGUGGGCUUCGAGUAAAUCAUUGAAACUUAAUGAAGAUAUUUUUCAAAAUCAGGUACAAAUUUAAGUUUCUCUUAAUUUGCAACAAGAAUAUCUUGUUAUAUUUAUAAGCUAUUAACUUUACAAGCUAAUCCUGACUGACGUUUUACCAUCGAUUCUUAUUUGAUCAACGCACUCAGUGCAAAUCUUGUUAAUCAGUUAAGAAAAAAAAAACACUUAAAAUGGAAAUUUUAAAAAUAUUUUGUAAUGAUAAAUAUUCUGUUUAUUGAAAAGAAUAAGACUAUUAAAAUGAAUUUAUCUUUGCCACGGUAUAAGGAAAUAUAAGGCCCAGGCAAGGUGGUGUUUUAUGAAACUUCAUGUUUUUAUAGAUAUCUUCUGUAUUAACUUCUUAUGCUGCUUCUGUGAGCUUCUCUAAGGGCAUUUUGUGUUGCAUAUUUGUAGUUUGGUGUGUAUGAUGUUGUUUUGAUAGUGUACAUAAGUCAAAAAUAGAAACAGAGUACUUUUCAUGACCUCAGAGGUAGCACUGAAGUGCUGCUGUGAAGCCCAGGACUUUUAAUUUUCUCUGAAACAAGGAGCUUAUUAGGACUGCUCACUAGGGUGCUAAAUGAUCAAAUGUAAUUGGGUGAGGUACGGAGUUUGGACAGUGAGAAGGAGAACAUGGUGUUAAUUAUAGUUUUGGUAUUUUGGUGCUGACUUUGCAGUAUAAAAGAAAUACAUAGACAGUGCUUAGCGAGUAUUACGCCGAUGAUAGCACUUUGAAAAAUAUGCACUGGAUCUAAACACGAGCGCUGCGCCCGCUCAGUAUUGCAGCCAGAGAGAAUAUUUCUACUUGUAUCGAGCUACAUAAUCUGAGUCAGGGAAAUCAAACCUCUCGUAUCCUCUCUUGCUGUUGCCGGGUGACACGACAUAAACACAGUCUGUUGGUUAGACUGAAGAUGUCACUUUGUGUGCAAUCAACGUCUGAACCCACCAAUUCCAACAAAGAAUUUAUAAAAAUUGCACAUAUAAUGAGCUCCUUGCGUGCCUUCUGCAUUGUAAAAGAUGUUUGCGACUGUUUAUGAAUGAAGUAAAGGCAUGUGACACAGUAUUACAAAUUACAGUUACCCCAAUGUUUAAACACCUUGAAUUGCUAAAGAGUUGUUAUUAGGAGCUCAGCCUUUUGGUCUCAGAGCAGAAGAACCAUUCGAUGCUUUUACUGUAAAUCAAACUGCUUUAUACUUUGUGUUUUUUAUACCGUAGACUUUUUUGAUAUCAUCUGUAUUCACUGUGAUCAGAUGGCACAGGAGGUGCUUGUGCUCAGCAUCGUAAAAAGUGUGUUUUCUCUCAUUUGUGUACACGGCUCAGUUUUUUCCUCAGCUCAUUUGCCAGUCAGAUUGUACAGUAUGCCUCCAGAGUUGCAUCAAAACCGUAAUCCAGUUUCAUCCCACUUAGUGGAUCAAAGACAGUAUGGGAGAGAAUGGUCUUGCUAUUUUUUUUAAAGUCUAGUUAAUUGUCGGAUUUUGAUGUUGCUUAUUUGGCUUCAAUGUUCUGCCUGAUCAUACUAGUUUGAAUAAAGCUUUUUAAUCUGUG